GCCGGGGGAGCGUCUGCCUGAGGCCGCGGGGCGAGUCCCGGGCCCCUGCCAUGGAGAGGGCUCGCGAGCCGCUGCUGGAUGCUAAGUCCGGGGUCACCAACCAGGUGAGUGAGUGGCCGCCCCGCCCCGUCCUCAGUCGGCCUUCGCUGGGCAGGGGGCGGGCUGCUGCACCCGGCCCGCCUCCCGCAGCCGGAGGACAGGGCCACCCUGAGCCUUCCCCAGUUCUCCCAGACCGAGGCUGGUGUCCGCAAUCCGGUGAUGUUCAGCUCACCUCCCUGCCUUGCUCCUUCCCUUUUGCACCCGAGAAGGGAGCCGCUGCCGUUGUGAUUUAAGCUCCUCCACCCUCUCCAACUCAAAGCGUACAGACCAAGUAUUGUUCUUCCUUGAUGAGGCGACGUUUUCGAAUUUAGGAACAGUCUUUUAGAAUGUGAUGGAUAUAGAAGAGAUUAUUAAAAUUUACAAAGAUAACACCGCAAACCAGUUUUUAGUCUUUAAAAAAGUUUUUUUUCAAAUGGAGUAAAAAUUUUAACCUUUCA